AUGCCUGGCACCCAGUAUGCCCAGAGCCCAGUAUGCCCAGCACCCAGUAUGCCCAGCACCCAGUAUGCAGCAGAGCCCAGUAUGCCCAGCACCCAUUAUGCAGCAGAGCCCAGUAUGCCCAGUACCCAGUAUGCCCAGAGCCCAGUAUGCCCGGCACCCAGUAUGCCCAGAGCCCAGUAUGCCCAGCACCCAGUAUGCCCAGAGCCCAGUAUGCCCAGCACCCAGUAUGCCCAGAGCCCAGUAUGCCCAGCACCCAGUAUGCCCGGCACCCAGUAUGCCCAGAGCCCAGUAUGCCCGGCACCCAGUAUGCCCAGAGCCCAGUAUGCCCAGCACCCAGUAUGCCCAGAGCCCAGUAUGCCCAGCACCCAGUAUGCCCGGCACCCAGUACGCCCAGAGCCCAGUAUGCCUGGCACCCAGUAUGCCCAGAGCCCAGUAUGCCCAGCACCCAGUAUGCCCAGAGCCCAGUAUGCCUGGCACCCAGUAUGCCCAGCACCCAGUAUGCCCAGAGCCCAGUAUGCCCAGCACCCAGUAUGCAGCAGAGCCCAGUAUGCCCAGCACCCAGUAUGCCCAGCACCCAUUAUGCAGCAGAGUCCAGUAUGCCCAGCACCCAGUAUGCCGAGAGCCCAGUAUGCCCAGCACCCAGUAUGCCCAGAGCCCAGUAUGCCCGGCACCCAUUAUGCAGCAGAGCCCAGUAUGCCCAGUACCCAGUAUGCCCGGCACCCAGUAUGCCCAGAGCCCAGUAUGCCUGGCACCCAGUAUGCCCAGAGCCCAGUAUGCCUGGCACCCAGUAUGCCCAGAGCCCAGUAUGCCUGGCACCCAGUAUGCCCAGAGCCCAGUAUGCCCAGAGCCCAGUAUGCCCAGCACCCAGUAUGCCCAGAGCCCAGUAUGCCCGGCACCCAGUAUGCCCAGAGCCCAGUAUGCCCAGAGCCCAGUAUGCCCAGCACCCAGUAUGCCGAGAGCCCAGUAUGCCCAGCACCCAGUAUGCCCAGAGCCCAGUAUGCCCGGCACCCAUUAUGCAGCAGAGCCCAGUAUGCCCAGUACCCAGUAUGCCCGGCACCCAGUAUGCCCAGAGCCCAGUAUGCCUGGCACCCAGUAUGCCCAGAGCCCAGUAUGCCCAGCACCCAGUAUGCCCAGAGCCCAGAGCCCAGUAUGCCUGGCACCCAGUAUGCCCAGAGCCCAGUAUGCCUGGCACCCAGUAUGCCCAGAGCCCAGUAUGCCCAGCACCCAGUAUGCCCAGAGCCCAGUAUGCCCAGAGCCCAGUAUGCCCAGAGCACAACCAACCUGCUCCUGCUGCUCAGCUCAGGCUAA